AAAUUUUCGGAAAAAAAUCAAGAAAUCUGGGUAAUUUUUUUCUCAAAGCAAGAUUCGCAAUUUGGUUGAGGAAUCGAGUAACCUAAAGGAUGUCGAGUGGGUCUCCUUGUGCUUCAAAAAAAUGUUAUUGUGGCAUUCCAUCCAAGAUGUUGACAUCGUGGACAACUGAUAACCCGGGGAGAAAAUUCCUGACUUGUAAGUUCUCUGAUGUACACACUGGUAGGAAAGGAUGUGGUUGGUUUUAUUGGGUUGAUCCUGAUGUUGUGGAGUGGCAAAGAGUCGUGACGAAUGAACUGGUGGUGGAGAAGAGAUUGCUGAAAACAGAGUUGAGGGUCAUGAUGACAGAAUUGCAGAAGUUGGAGGAUGACAAAGCCCUUCUUGUUGCUGCCAAUGAGAGGCUUGAAAGGAUAUGCAAUGGUGGAGUGGCUGGAAUGAAGGGGACAAAGGAUAAGGGCCAAGAAAUUGCCCAUUCUGUAUUUUGGUUUGUUGUAGGAUUAGUUGUUUGUUGUGUGUUGAAGUUUGUAAUGAAGUUCCUCUAGUGUAAACGCGACAAUGGAACGGGAAAUUGGAUUUCAUGUAAUGUAAUGUAAUGUUGUUGACAUUAGUUGACUCUAAUCAUUUAAUAAUGGUAAUUCUAGCUUAUGACAA